AUGGCAAACCAUUUAUCGAAGAUGAACGUCGACCUCCUCUCGGUGGUUAACACGUCUCUAGUUUCAUACAUCAAAGCAAUCGCUCUUGUCACUAUCCUCAUAUUCCUGCUCAACGAGCUAUACCGAUGGUCCAUCCGCGUUCGGGGAAUCCCAGGUCCCAGAGGUCUUCCUAUCGUCGGAAAUCUUCAUCAAAUUGGCAAGAAAGUUAUACCACCUGAACAAUACAGAUUAUGGUCUUUGAAAUACGGCCCUGUAUUCCAGAUUCAGCUAGGGAACAAGCCCAUCUUGGUCAUCAACAGCGCAGCAGCCGCGAAGGAUUUACUGAUCAAGGAGAGCGGUUCGCUGAAUUCGCGGCCUCUAUUCUAUGUGUUUCAUAAAUUUGUUAGUAAAGAGAUUGCGAGUAUUGGGACUAGCCCUUGGGACGAGAGCUGCAAGAAGAGAAGAAAAGCGGCUGCUUCGGCUUUGAAUGUGGUCCAGGUUGACUCGUACGCUCCGAUCUUAAGAUUGGAGUCAAGUGAAUUUAUCCAUGAACUGCGCAAAGCAUGUGAUAACGGUCGCACAGCAUUAAACUUUUUAUCUUAUGCCCGACGAUUUUCUAUGAAUCUAUCCUUGACACUCAAUUACGGAACCAGGGCCGACAAUCAAAAAGACUUUGAGGGUAAUUCUAUGAUUACCGAAAUCAACGAUGUUGAGAGUAAUAUUGGCAAAUACCGGUCGACUUCAAGUAACAUCAAGAACUAUGUGCCGCUGUUACGCUUACUUGACCCGAUCAUGCUCAUGAUUCCGGGAAAUCCCCUGCAGAAAGCAUUGGAUAUCGGACGACGACGUCUAAGAUACCACGGAGCACUUUUAGAGGGACUGAAAACGGAAAUCAAUCAAAAGACCGACAAACCUUGUAUUCAAGGCAACAUGCUAAAAAAUCCGGAUACGAGAAGUUUGACGGAUUUGGAGCGUCUCAGCGUGAGCCUGAGCAUUAUGGCGGGCGCCGACAGCAAUACACCAACGGUUGCGUGGGGAAUUAUUUUUCUGGCUCAUCAUCCAGAAAUACAAGAAAAGGCCUUCCAGGAGAUCAAGAAGUCCCAUAUCCUUGACGCUGAUCCAUUUGGAAACGGUAAAGUACCGUAUGUCGAUGCCGUUACCAAGGAGCUGGGUAGAUACUACACAAUUCUUCGCCUCGCCAUGCCGAAAGAGGUAACAGCACCAGUUGUGUACAAUGGCGUUACGAUCCCGAAGGGCACUAUGAUCAUUCUGAAUUCAUGGGCAUGCAAUCGAGAUCCUGAACUAUUCGAAGAUCCAUAUGAUUUCAAACCCGAACGCUGGAUCGCAGGUUCCGAGUCGCAUCAACAAGCCCACCAAUUCGCCUUUGGAAUGGGUUCACGUAUGUGUGUGGCAGCGAACCUAGCGCAUAAAGCCCUCUAUCUUGCCUUCCUUCACCUCAUUGCGCAUUUCAAAAUUCUCCCAGCUACAGAUGACGAGCCAGCUAGUGUGGCAGAUCCCAUUACUGGCGGUGGGGGAGCUAGUUCAGUAUCGACGCCACCGUUACACACGCGGGCAAGGUUUGAGCCACGCAAUGCGUUCAAAAUUGAUCUCUAA